AUGGCUUCUGGACUGAAUGUUUGUAUCAUUGGACAUUCUUACAUCCGUAGAUUGGAGGAAUAUUGUUCUAGUUUGGGUAUAAUUAAUUUGAAGUUGGAUGACAGUUUUAAUGUUAAUUUCCGUGGGAAAGGAGGUCUUUGUUUACGCCACCUUAAUGUGUCUCAAGGGCUCGGUGCUAGAAGGGAACUUUUUCAUUUUAUUUCGCCGCCAGAUAUUAUUUUCCUACAGGUCGGGGAAAAUGAUAUAAGUGAUCUGACUUGUUGUGAAAAGUUAGCCGGAGACCUCAUAUCUGUGGCAGCAUCAUUGCGGGAUGGCGUCGGUGUAAAAAUAGUGAUGAUUAGACAGUUGAUACGACGAUUGCCUUUCGCAGCCUGCAAAAGCUUUAAUGACAAAGUAGUAAAGACAAAUACGCAGCUGGAGAUCAGGACCCAGUCUUUGCCGUGGAUUCAUUUUUGGUGCCAAAUGGGUUUCUGGCAUGACUUGAGCUAUCUGGGUCCAGAUGGCGUACAUCUAUGCUGCACCCCCUCCCACGACCAGCCCAUGUGGAAGUUCCUUCGAAGUAUAAGGAAUGCAGUGAUUCAGUCGCCUAACUUAUUAAGGCCAUACAGAGCUGGAAAAACACCGAGGAAAAGGAGGAGGAUUCAUUCCCCGGGGAUCACAGUGGUAGAACCAACUACAUCUGUACCAACCCUGCCUCAGAAUAACGGCACAGGAGAACCAUUUGAUGGAGCUCAAGGAGCCACUCAUCAAACUACAAGUCUUGAACUUCGGCCUGCUGUCACUCAAGUGUCAAAUCAAGUCUCGAUUGACUAUGCUGAGCUGGCGAAACUAAUACUGGUACAACAACAGAAUUUAGGUACGCACACAGCGUCCCAACCUCUAACUCUGAAUCAAGCUACAACAGCGUUGCCCCUGUCUCUUGCAGAUCUGAACUCAACUACUUGUUCCAUUUUGGCUGCGUCGCUCUCGGGAGCUUCACGUGCUGCAUACAGACAGUCGUGGAACUUAUUUCAAACUAUGACUAAAGGUCCUAGCUCUCUUCCAUUGAGUCUACAAAAUGUUUGUAAUUUUAUCGGUUAUCUAUUCGAUAAGCAGUACAGUGCCAGUAGCAUUGCAUAA